CGCCAUCCACAGCAGUAGCAGCAGUGCCAAGCAGCAGAAGCAGAAGAAGCACCCCGAACAUGAAGAGGUCUAUCGCAACCAUUUUCUGCUGGGCAUGUUGGGCCUUAUGUGACUCAUCUUCUUUGUUAACCGCAGGGUCACAAUACUCAUCGUUCUCGGCAACAGGAGGCGAUCGACGCAUGACAGCAGCUUGGCGACCUACAAGAGCACAGAGGCACCCGCCGACUACAGCAGUAAUGACCGCAACUGAGCCGAACCACACGAAGAGAACGUGGGUGCGGAGUGUGGCGUCUACUGUUGCCGCCCUCUCGGUAUUGGUGUGUGCAUCAGUCACGACGCCUCUCGACGCCACCGCAGCUUCGGCGAGCCCGCAGCAGCCUGUUGUCGAGGCCCUUGUGCAGCUUGCCGACGAGGAAGUUGACUGGACAAAGCUGCUCCCAGACCCUGGUCAAGCUCCCGGUGCGAGCAUGAUCAUCACGGCUAGCAAGGAGAGAGGUGGCAAGCCUUCCCUCGGAGCGAGCGUGGCGAUGGACCGACUCAAGUUUCCCGUCAUGAUGCAGCUGUUUCCUAGAAACGCCGUUGGAGGGGCGAGCUGGCCGGGCGAUUUUGAGGAGCAAGGCACAUACUCCGUUGAGGUGCGCAGUGUUUUUCGGCUCAAGCAUAGUUUUUUGCUUUAA